AAAAACAAUCUCAUACUUCACAAAUAUUAGAAUUUUAAGUGAUAAUAUAAUGGCUCUUAUGUUCAAUUUGAGGCUCAUUUUAGCUACUCUACUAGUGUUAGGGAUGUGGGCUUGUCUAGCCACAUCCCGAACUUUGUCCGAUGCAUCAAUUGUUGAAAAACACGAGCGAUGGAUGGCUAAACAUGGACGCGUAUACAAAGAUGAUAUAGAGAAGGCGGAGAGACUCAAGACGUUCAAACAAAAUCUUGAGUAUAUUGAAUCAGUGAAUAAGGCCGGGACACGGACUUAUAAAUUGGGCAUCAAUGAGUUUGCUGAUAUGACGAAUGAGGAAUUCCAAGCCACUCAUAAUGGAUACAGAAUGUCAUCUCACCAAAAUUUAAGUGCCACAUCUUUUCGAUACAAAGAUGUGGCAGUUCCAGAUAAAAUGAAUUGGAUUGAAAAAGGCGUUGUUACUGGGAUUAAACAACAAGGGCGAUGUGGAUGUUGUUGGGCAUUUUCCGCAGUGGCUGCAACGGAAGGAAUUAACAAGAUCACGACGGAUAAGUUGAUUUCAUUGUCCGAGCAAGAGUUGGUGGAUUGUGAUACGAGUUCAAAUCAGGGUUGUGAAGGAGGUUUGAUGAGUAAAGCUUUCGAGUUCAUUAUUAGAAACAACGGGCUUACUUCAGAAUCUAAUUACCCGUUUGAAGGAAUCGAUGACAUGUGUAAAAUUGGAGAUGAAACUAACAAUGUUGCCAAAAUCACUGGUUAUGAAAAUGUUCCUACCAACAGCGAAUCAGAUUUGCUCAAAGCUGUUGCUAACCAACCUGUAUCCGUCGCGAUUGAUGCUAGUGGUUCGGAUUUUAAAUCCUAUUCUAGUGGCGUGUUCACGGGAGAAUGUGGAACUGAAUUGAAUCAUGGUGUCACUGUUGUUGGUUACGGGGAAGAUUCAGACGAUGGUACUAAGUAUUGGCUCGUGAAGAACUCAUGGGGAACUAGUUGGGGCGAAAACGGAUACAUUAGAAUGCAAAGAGACAUUGAUGAUGAGGAAGGACUUUGUGGAAUCGCAAUGCAAGCUUCUUACCCAACCGCUUAAUUAAAAAUAUUUAAUUAAUGUGACAUGUACAACUUAAUUCAUCCAUCUCUAAUCGAUUAUUAUUUAUAUAUGUAAUAUUAUUAAUAUAUGCAAGCUGUAAUGCUAGAGAUUAUUCUACAAUGCGAAUGUCUUUGGUCUCUUUUUAAAUUGAGAGAUUUUCUAGUUCAAAUA